AUGAUCUGGGAGGCCUGGGGGCCGCAGGGGAGGGUGAUGAUACCGCAGCCGAUGAGGAUGAACAUCACAAUAAAUGUAAUGACGGACAGAGUGCUGUCGCAGCCGGAUCUUGCAUCGGACCUCGAGUCAGGCGUGGUGACUAUGAGAUAUCAUCUCGAUUGUGGUACCUACACAAACAUAUCAUCUCAACUUUACAUUGAUACUAGAAAAGUUCAGUCACAAAAGAUACUCAUUCUCGGUGUCACGAUUUCGCUGAGAUUAAACUCAGUAUGGGGACGCCAUUUGCACCACACAGAUUACUUGGACUAUUGUGCGGUUAACUGUAGGGCUUACGGUGCAUCGCUGACGGAUUUCGGAGGCGUGGGAGAUGGGACAACUUUGAACACGAGAGCUUUCCAGGCGGCCAUCGAUUAUCUGAGCCUGUUUGAACCCUACGGAGGAUCGAUGCUGUUUGUUCCUCCGGGAAAUUGGCUGACCGGAAGCUUCAACAUCACCACAAGCCAUUUCACACUUUAUCUCCAUAAAGAUGCUGUUCUUCUUGCUUCUCAGGAUGAAAAUGACUAUGCUGUAAUAGAACCUCUGCCGUCGUACGGCCGAGGAAGGGAUACAGAGGGAGGUAGAUACAUCAGUCUCAUCUUCGGUACCAACUUAACUGAUGUUAUCAUUACAGGAAACAAUGGCACGAUCGAUGGUCAGGGUGCGCCCUGGUGGGACAAGUUUCACAAGGGAGAGUUACUGUACACCAGACCUUACCUGAUUGAGAUAAUGUUCUCUGAGGAUGUUCAGAUAUCGAACUUGACCCUCCUCAACUCACCUUCGUGGCACGUCCAUCCCGUCUAUUGCAGCAAUGUCAUCGUGCAAUGGCUCACGAUUCUUGCUCCCGUAUCCGUCCCAAACACCGACGGUAUCAAUCCAGAUUCGUGCACGAACACCCGGAUCGACGACUGCUACAUCGUCUCUGGCGACGACUGCAUCGCGGUCAAGAGCGGGUGGGACGAGUACGGCAUCUCGUUCGCCAUGCCGACAAAACACCUGUCGAUCCGACGGCUGACGUGCGUCUCCCCCUCGAGCGCCGUCAUCGCGCUCGGGAGCGAGAUGUCUGGCGGCAUCGAGGACGUCCGCGCGGAGGACAUCGCCGCCGUAAACUCCGAGUCGGGCGUUCGAAUCAAGACGUCUCGUGGGCGGGGCGGUUACGUGCGCGACGUCUACGUACGCCGCGUGACCAUGAAAACCAUGAAGUGGGCCUUUUGGAUGACGGGAAAUUACGGGUCCCACCCAGACGACAAGUACGACCCGAACGCGCUUCCCGAGAUCAAGAAUAUUAACUUUAGGGAUGUGGUGGCGGAGAACGUUACGAUGGCGGCGAGGUUGGAAGGGAUAGCGGGAGAUCCUUUCAAGGGGAUAUGUUUGUCGAACGUGACGGUUGGGAUGGCGAAAAAGGCGAAGAAGGUGUUUUGGAAUUGCACGGAUGUCGAGGGGGUGUCGAGUGGGGUGGUCCCGAGGCCGUGCCCGGAGCUUGAGGGUAGGGGUACGGAAGGGGAUUUGGUGUGUGAUUUUCCGGCGGAGGGUUUGCCGAUCGAGAGUGUUGAGGUUCGAACGUGUUCGUAUCAGAGGAAGUAUUCGAAGGGUGAGCGCACGGUGAACAAGCAUUUGUUGUAGCAGUUGGCAUUGGUUGCUGUUGUUGUGAAGCUUAUUUCUUAAGUUGUGUGAUUGAGAAGGUGUGACUUGAAGUUUAAAUGAUGUGUGGCAGUUGCCAUUGUGUGUCUGCACUGCAGAAUAGAACUUUGCUAUUUCCCAAACUUAAUUGAACUCAGUACAAGUAGAUUGCUGUCAAAAUUAGAGCCUGGUUUAUCAAUAUGAAAAAAAGAAGAGCAAAGAAUUGUGAAAGUUGAAUAAAUUAGAGAUAUAUGUAAGAAACUGGAUGAAUAAUAUCAUGUGCCUUAUAUUUACUCCAUCUUUUUGCAAGAGGGUCUGAAUUAAGAGUCAAGAAAAUAUUACAACACUUAGUAUCAUAUCAUGAUGCUAACAAGGUCUGAAUUAAUAAAACAUAAACAUACAUCUGCACUUGCCUUAUAUCUUUUGAGUCAACACAUUAAACAUGAAAAAAAAAACAAACAAACAAA